AUGGAGAUUUACCAGAAGAGUUGGCUCAUUUCAGAGGUUGAAAUUGAUAAUGUCGCAAGCAAUAACUUCACUGGUUCCAUUCCAUCAUUUUUAAGUUUAUUACCUAACCUUCAGCACAUGUACCUUUCGAUGAAUCAGUUUUGGGGGGAAAUUCCAUCUUCCCUGUCCAAUCUAACAAAGCUGGAGGUGUUGAGAAUAAAUAGAAAUUUUCUCAAAGGAGAGAUCCGUCGGGAAAUCGGUGAUCUUCGUUACUUGAAGUUCCUAGACCUGCAAUAUAAUCAGCUUACUGGCUCUAUACCAACAUCAAUCUUCAACAUUACAACGAUGCAAGCAAUUGCUCUUGCCAAUAACAAUCUUACUGGUAAGCUUCCCACAUCUAUAUGUGACCAUCUUCCAAACUUGGAAGGGCUUUACCUCUCCGUCAAUUCCCUAGAUGGAAUUAUUCCUCCAAACCUGGAGAAAUGCAAAAAGCUUCAACUAUUAUCAUUGUCUGAAAACGAGUUUCCUGGAACUGUACCAAGAGAGCUAUCCAACUUAACAACUCUUACAAUAUUAAAUUUUGCAACUCUGCAUUUGGAAGAUAGAGCUGUAUUACAUGUUCACUUCAGUAAUUUGUUUAUGAGUGAUGGAGAACAAUAUGGGAUAUUAUAA